UUGUAGCCCCGCUUGUCGCUUCCUCGCUUGUUGCUUCCUCGCUUGUUGUUGCCCGCUUGCUGUUGCCCGCUUGCUGCUGCCCGCCUGUGUCCUGCUGAUUAUGGCGCCGCUCUCUGGCCCUAAACCAUUGCUUCGUGCAGUAUCGCUUUCCUCGGCUUGUUCUGCCCUGACAUCAGAACCCCGGCUCACGUGGAUACGCUGGUACGCUGCAUGGCAUCAUGCUUCGGGCCAUUGGCUUGUCCUGUCAACUGCGCCCCGUCCCCUCAGGCACAACGUUUGGAUCCUAUGGCCGGCUGGCGGCGUAGGCGUGCUACCUCGGCUGCUCCAGCUGAGUUGCUCUGAUGUAUAUAUCUCCGCGAGGAUUCUCUUUUCGACUCACGUCUUCCUGGCGGCCUGGACCGUGGCUCACCUGAAGACUAGCUUUUAGAGAAGUAUUUAUGAAUAUAUCGAGGUCUUUGGGGCUCUUGGCUAUGAUCCUGGAAGCUGUACACUCAGGGAGGAGCGUGACUACAAAUCAACUUCGGAGCUAAGAGUUGGCACCUUCAAGUCAAUGGAGAGGAGAAG